CAUGGACAGAGCCCAAGUCAGCCAAGUUACGGACAGAAUAUAAGCAGUCCUUGCUCAUUUUAUUGUGACCUGCCUGUGGGAACGUUGUCUCCAACUCAGAGCAAUAUGGAUCGGAGAAGUGAGAGUCCCUGCUUAAGGGAUAGCCCAGAGAGAGGGAGCGGCAGCCCUGAUGUCAAAGGUCCUCCCCCGGUGAAGGUGGCCAGGCUUGAACAGAAUGGCAGCCCUAUGGGAGCCAGAGGGAGGCUCAAUGGUUCUGUCACCAAAUCAGUGGGAGGUUUGAUGAUCCCCGUCUUUUGUGUCGUGGAACAACUGGACACUUCUCUUGAAUAUGAUAAUCGAGAAGAACAUGCAGAGUUUGUUCUGGUUCGUAAAGAUGUGCUUUUUAGUCAGCUAGUGGAGACUGCGCUCCUGGCACUCGGUUAUUCUCACAGCUCUGCAGCUCAGGCACAAGGAAUAAUCAAACUUGGGAAAUGGAAUCCUCUUCCAUUAACUUAUAUGACAGAUGCACCUGAUGCAACAGUAGCUGACAUGUUACAAGACGUCUAUCAUGUUGUGACACUGAAAAUUCAAUUACAGAGUUGUUCAAAGCUAGAAGAUUUGCCAGCAGAACAGUGGAACCAUGCCACAGUCCGCAAUGCCUUAAAGGAAUUGCUCAAAGAGAUGAAUCAGAGCACGUUAGCCAAAGAAUGCCCUCUCUCCCAGAGUAUGAUAUCAUCCAUUGUAAAUAGCACAUAUUAUGCAAAUGUGUCAGCUACUAAGUGCCAGGAAUUUGGAAGAUGGUAUAAAAAGUACAAGAAGAUUAAAGUGGAACGAGUUGAAAGAGACAACCUGUCAGAAUAUUGUGUUCUUGGUCAACGUCCCAUGCACUUACCGAAUAUCAACCAACUGGCAACUUUGGGCAAAACAAAUGAACAAUCUCCUCAUGGUCAAAUUCACCACAGUACUCCAAUCAGAAACCAAGUGCCAACGUUACAACCAAUCAUGAGCCCUGGUCUCCUUACACCUCAGCUCAGUCCACAACUAGUAAGGCAGCAAAUAGCAAUGGCCCAUUUGAUAAACCAACAGAUUGCAGUAAGUCGACUCCUGGCUCAUCAGCACCCACAGGCAAUUAAUCAACAGUUUCUAAAUCAUCCACCUAUCCCUAGAACAAUCAAACCAGAACCAACAAACUCAUCAGUGGAAGUCUCUCCAGAUAUCUAUCAGCAAGUCAGGGAUGAGCUGAAGAGGGCAAGUGUCUCCCAGGCGGUCUUUGCAAGAGUGGCUUUCAAUCGCACCCAGGGAUUGCUAUCAGAGAUACUGCGUAAAGAAGAAGACCCUAGAACAGCUUCCCAGUCCCUCCUGGUAAAUCUGAGGGCAAUGCAGAAUUUCCUCAACCUACCUGAGGCAGAGCGAGAUCGUAUAUAUCAGGAUGAGAGAGAGAGGAGUAUGAACCCCAAUGUGAGCAUGGUGUCUUCAGCUGCCAGCAGUCCAAGUUCCUCCAGAACCCCCCAGGCCAAAACCUCAACACCGACAACAGACCUCCCCAUUAAGGUGGACGGAGCCAACAUCAACAUCACAGCUGCCAUUUAUGACGAGAUCCAACAGGAGAUGAAAAGGGCCAAGGUGUCUCAGGCUUUGUUCGCCAAAGUAGCUGCCAACAAAAGUCAGGGUUGGCUGUGUGAGCUGUUGCGUUGGAAAGAAAACCCAAGCCCUGAAAAUCGAACACUUUGGGAAAAUCUGUGCACCAUUCGGCGAUUUUUGAAUCUUCCCCAACAUGAGAGGGAUCUCAUCUAUGAAGAAGAAUCUCGGCAUCAUCACAGCGAACGUAUGCAGCAUGUUGUCCAACUUACUCCUGAGCCUGUACAGGUACUUCAUAGACAGCAAUCUCAGCCAGCAAAGGAAAACUCUCCACCAAGAGAAGAGGCUCCGCCCCCUCCUGCAGAGGAUGCAUCUACAAAAAAGCCAAGAUCCCGUACUAAGAUUUCAUUAGAGGCUUUGGGUAUCCUUCAGAGUUUCAUCCAUGAUGUUGGCCUUUAUCCAGACCAGGAGGCCAUCCACACUUUAUCUGCCCAGUUGGAUCUGCCUAAGCACACCAUCAUCAAAUUCUUCCAGAACCAGCGUUACCAUGUAAAGCAUCAUGGGAAACUAAAAGAGCAUUUGGGUACAGUGGUGGAUGUGGCAGAAUAUAAAGAUGAAGAGCUGCUGACUGAGUCAGAGGAGAAUGACAGUGAGGAGGGUUCUGAGGAAAUGUACAAAGUGGAAACUGAAGAAGAGAAUUCAGAAAAAAACAAAGCAACUACUUCAGAGACUGAGCAGAGAUAAUGUGAAAAUAUCACAGGCAAAGCAA